UUUAACUAGUAUAUAUAUGAGUGUGCAGCUUCAGUCUUAUCCAUAAUUUUUUUUCCUUCACAAGACAUCAUUCAAAGAAGGCUUUUUUUUACUACCUGCUUUUGACUUCUUCCUUGUUAAGAGCAAGAUCAUGUCAUACCUGGCAGAUGUUGUUGAAGUUGGUGGGGACGGAGGAGAUGCUUUCAACUUUAAUGGCACUGAAAAUGGAGGCAUGUUGAAAAAGAUCUUGGUUUGGGAAGGUGACUGGCAGAUAAAAGCCGUAAAAGUGUGUCUUACUGAUGGCAGGUCCGAGUGGUUUGGAAAUCCUGCUGGGGGUUCAAAAGAAUUUACAUUUGAAGAUGGAGAGCAUUUUACCUCCCUUUCACUUUGGCACAAUGAAAGUCAAAAUGGAUCACGUCUGGGUGCCAUCAAAUUCAAGACAAAUCAGUCCCGGGAGUUCUAUGCAGGCUUGAAAAGUUCGCAGUUGAAACCAGAAGUUCCAGUUGAUGUUGCUUCUGGGAUCUGCAUGGGAAUCAAAGGACGUUCGGGUUUGGAUAUUGAUUGCUUAGGCUUCUUAUUCAUCAACACCAUCAAGUCUGCUAAGCUUACCAAUAUUGAGUAUCCCACCAUCCAUAAGGUGACACCCAAAGUGGCUGUAGGAGAAAUCAAAUCCAUGUCCUACCAGAACAACACUUCUGUAACUCAAGAAUACAAAAUUGAGACCUCCAAAAAAAUCACCCAAACAUCCUCCUGGUCUGUUACCAGCAAACUGGAAUUCACAGUCAGCCUGGAAGUAAAGGCAGGAAUUCCACUGCUAGCAGAGAGCACAUCAAAAUAUGAAUUUAAAAUUGGAGUUGAGGGUACAUAUGCUUCGGAGACCAGUGAAGAGAAAAUGGAGCUCUUCUCAUUUCCUGUUAAAGUUCCUCCACGUAAAACCGUUGAUGUGCACAUCGCACUUGGUGAGGCUACAAUUGAUCUCCCGUUCACUGGCAUCGUCAAGAUUACCUGCUAUAAUGGCAGCGUGCUGGAGUAUAAAACCAGUGGAACCUACAAGGGUGUCGCUUUCUCUGAUGGAAAAGUGGUUGUGAAUGAAACAAACAAGAAGCUUGGUGUAGCGUUAAAUUCUUAUAAUGUUUGAGUUUAAUUUGAGCUUGGUUUAAUUGAUUUGUUUUUCUUAUCAGCUUCUCAUAAUCAUAUUUUUUUUUUGUUUGAUUUUUUUCCCAAAUCUAAAAACCAAUGAAAAUAGUGAUUUGAUUUAUUCUGUUGGUUUUAUUCUGAUAGUCCAGUGGUGCAAGACUAACACACUUUUUUUUUUUAUUAAUAA